AUGCAAAUUGCUGGUACAACGUCACAAACUGCAACUACUGCAGCUACUACAACCCGCCCGGUACAAUCUUUCGGCAGUCCUACGUCAACAGUUUCACAAGCAGGGAACGUUAUGAGAGAAAAUAUGACAUCCCAUUAUCAACGUUUGUAUAACGAGAGUUGUAGUCGAUAUCCCUAUGUCGACAGAGUAUCCGUAGGAGAGGAGGGUAAUGUUGACUUCAUCUAUCAAUUUACGAAGAAGAGAUAUGCUCCCAAGAACCAUCAGAAUAUUAGCAUAUAUCACACUGCCCCUGACAUAAUUGGACCACCCAAAUUUCAAAACUAUGGAGAACUAUUUCAUUUACCUUCUUUUUUUGAAAACAAGUGGAAUUCAGUCAAUAAAGAUGUCGAUAUGUCAAUAUCUCCAUGGCAAAACGAAGAACUUAUUCAUGAUAGAGCUGCUGAUGAUAUUUGUCAGAAUGGACAGUAUACUGCCCAGACGAAGAAAAAUAGUUAUAUUUGUAUCGAGUUUCAUGAACCUGUAUAUCCAAUCAGAGUCUGCAUUUACGAAAUACAUAAUCCUGGAAGCGUAAUUCAAAUUUCGGCUCAAGAUUCUAAUAAUGAGUGGUCUAAGUUGUGGUGUAAAUCGCCUCAUUUUGUACCGCCGACAUCAAGAUUAUUUUCUCCACCGUUAUCGCAUCGGCGUAACUUUACAACCAAAAUGCUCAGACUAACAUUUGAAAACAGUUCACCUCUCUCUUACACAAAGCUAGAUGCUGUGAUGCUCAUCGGUACAUCAGAAUUGAUCCUUUCUAGAAAGCCUAACGAGAGUUUAACUAAUCUGUUAAAAAGAAUUAACAGCAUGUACUCUUCAUACCAUGACGAUGUUCAUAAUUUAACAGCAGAUUUAAAAAGUGCACACUUGGAUAUAGUUCAUCUGCAACAGAAUUUUUCCGAAUAUUGUAUUUGUGAAAGCGAUAUAAGAAGGGUUUCUUCUAAGAGUAAUUUAAAGCAAAAAAUAUCUCAGGAGAUAAUCCCUUGUUAUGAGCAAUCUAGUCAUUCAAAUUAUGCAAAGCGUAUAAAACUCUCUUCGGAUGAAUCCAAGGACUUAUCACGUUGCAGUUUAUCUGCGCUUCCGAAUGAAAUGCUACUAAAAAUAUUAAACUAUUUAGAUCUGACGACGUUAUGCCGCAUGAAUAAAGUAAAUAAUCGCUUCAAUAAGUUAACACGGGACCCUCUACUCUAUACACGUUUGAACAUGCGACGUGUGACUGACAAAUGUAUUAUGCGCAAAGUAUUUUGUUACUUUACAGCUAUUAGAUGUGAAUUUUUGCGACAAUUGGAUCUUACAGGAAGCAACUUUGAUGUUAAUGAUUUCGUGAACUUUCUUGAUAAUUGCGGCAGAAAUUUAACGCACUUAAAAUUAAGUUGCUGCAGGGUCGAUUUAAAUCCUGCCCUACUUAAAAUUUCAGAAAUAUGCAAAAAUUUGAAAGAAUUGAAUCUAAGUAAUUGUCGAUUCAUAGACAACAAAGGAUUUUCGUAUCUCGAGAAGCUGAAAAAUUUGGAACAUUUAAACCUUUGUAAUACAGGUAUAAACGCUCAACAACUGUGCAAAAUAUUGCAAAAAAAUCAACGGAUGCGUGAGUUAUAUUCCGGUAUAGUUAUAAGCAAAGAAGCAGUUCUAUUAGAGUUGGAAAAUUCGUGUCGUGACUUGGAAGUAAUAUAUUUGCAUGCACCUUGUCUUACACCUCAUAGUAUUAGUGCCCUGGCUAACUGUAAAAAUUUACUAAAAGUGGAGCUUACUUUUAUAGGAUUCUUAUUAAGUUAUCCAGAUCAAUAUUUAGUUAUUGAUAGCUUAUUUAAAUUACUUUCCUCUUAUCAAAACUUGCAAGAAGUUUAUAUUGAAUUUGCUUUCCUUACUGAAUACCAGUUGGAAUUACUAGCACAGUGCAAAAAUUUAAAAAAGUUAUUUUUUUGUCAAGUGAUGAGACGACCUGAUCAUACACCUGAUAUAUAUUCAGUUAUUUUUGAACAAUGUCCUAACCUGCAAGAGUUUUGUUUCAUAAACUGUGACAUAAGCGAUCAAUUGGUUAAUGAAUGGAAAAAGAGAUAUCCGCAUGUGUCCGUCUAUACAUACAACAAAUACUGAUAAUUUGAAUAAUUUUUGUUCACUAGUUUAGGACAUAUCAAUAUAGUUUUUAGUUACGUUUACUUUUAAAAUUUUUAUACUUACAAAGUUUACUUUGUAAAAAUUAUCUGGUAAGCUAGGUUGAAAAAAAAGUUAAUGUAUAGGUGAUUUACGAUUGUACGUGCAAACUAUAUCUAUAGGAAUUGAAAAAAAUACACUUUUGUUGUAAUAGCUAUAAAAUGUCGAAAAAUUUUAUGAUCUAAAUCACCCCGAAAAAAAUAAUCCGAUUAACCCCGUAUGUCGACUUCAUAAAGUGCAUUCGUU